AUGUCUGGAAAUUCUGCCAAGUCUUUCAUCACCCUCAAGAAGGAGGCGUAUGCCGACGCUGAGGCCGAGUUCGCCGCGCAGGGCAAACCCCUCCCAGAUGGCCACGUGCCUCCCAUCGACCUGUGGCAGAUCCGUCAUUUUCGGGACGCCGAAGAAACCGCGGCGAUGGAGGCCAACCCCACUCCUGUCUAUGCACAGGUCAAGAAGCGCCGCCAAGCCAGAGCCGCAGUCGAGCUAGCAGCCGCCGAAGGAUACCGCCGCGAGCUGCAGGAGAAGCAAGACAAGAGAGAGACAGCCUGGCUGGACGAAAUGGAAAAGCGCAAGGCAGACCGGGAGCGGGAGGCCCAGGAGCGUGAGGAGCGCCAGAGAAUGCAACGAGAGAACGCCGCCCUGGUUCGCGCCGACAACAAGCGCAAGCGAGAGACCGGCGAUGCCGACUCGCAGGCAGCACAGAGCAACCAGGGCACAACUGGUAACAAAGCAUAUCCGAGCUUUAUCGUUACCGGCGGCGCCCGCGUAUCUCAUGGCAACUCUCGUUGGAGACCGAUGGUUGUCGACUCGGACGAUGAGGCUGAGUUCUUCCCGAAGGCGAAGCGAGUUCGUACUUCGAAGGAGGAUACGCCUGUGGUUGUCCAUGCCGACAGAUUGUCCUCGUUGAAGCGGAAGCGAGCUGCGCAGGAUUCGCACGAGUCAGACAUUGAGCCGCUGGCGCUGAAGUCGAAGAGGCGUCGGUUCGAGACCGUCCGCCUAGAAUCCAACAAGGAGAACCUGGGGCAGAAGAAGGUCCACAACGAGGCCGUGAAGGGUGGAAAUUCCGUGAAAGCCACGGCUAAGCGGCCAGUGGCGCUUGGUGCAAAGAUGAAGAUGUCGGCUACGGCUGGCAUUUCCAAGACCAAGCUGCGAAAAAGCCAGCCAAGCAACUGA